GAUUUCAAAGAUAAUACAUAUUAUGCAUUAUUGAAGUAUGCUGUAUAAAUGGUAGGAGAAAUACAGCAUUUAAAGAUGUGGUCGCUAAACUGAAUUCAGUGCCAUAACGUCCGUAACUGUAAAUGAUAGUUUACCGUUUGGCGAUUAUUAUUUAUUGGACUUGUUUAUUAAAAACAUUUGAUACACACUUAUCAUCAACAAUGUGAUACAAUGAUACAUGCCGGAUGGGAUACAUUUUCAACAAUAAAUUAUAAGUAUUUGGAAUUCAAGUACUACGAAUAGUGAACUCUUCGAUACUUCCAGAUAUUCCAAACACACGUCUUUAUGGCCCUACUCUACUGUAAUGUUUUUGAAAUCGCCAAAAACUUGUACAAAUGCACUUGCCAAAUAUCCAAUUUACGUGCGAUUACCAUUUUGGGUCGUCCGACAGGAGCGCCAAAGAUGUAGAGGCCAUUACGUCACGACUUAGACGUGUGGAUACGUUGAACCGUCUGCCUAACAACGUAUUGCAACAGUUGGCGUUCGUAGGAUACUACGAGGACCUGGAACGCGGCGUUAUGUUGUACAGACAAGGUGAAAUCGGGUCAAGUUGGUAUGCUGUAUUAGGUGGAAGUUUAGAAGCAAGACUUACGCAUACCUCUCAAACCUCGUCAACUAACACUGACAAGGCCGUUGUCACUCUGGACGUUGGUGCGACUUUCGGCGAAUCAAUAGUCCAUGACUUGCCCAGAGACAUGACAGUGUGCACCAAAACUACAUGUGAGCUGCUCAGGAUACACCAGAAUGACUUUAAAAAGAUUUGGGACAAACAUUCAAAUUUGAUGAAAGACUUAAUCGCUACAAAUAAACUAAGAAAUGGUAUGGCCAGUGGAAAUUUAUCCAAGUGCCAAUCUCCUCCACCUGUGAUGAAUCUGACUCGUAGAACGGUUACUCCUGAUAAUCCCGACCCAGCUGAAGUUAUUACGGAGAACCCCAGUAUGCCAAUGGCCAGAGCCGGUUGGGUAGUACGCACGUUGUUGCUCAGUGAUCAAAAUACCGUGCUCAGGGACCGGAAGACCGGUGGUGGCCGAUCCGUGGUCCGGAGAUGCGCUUCCGGCAGCGAACUGAUCGACUGGCUGAUGAACCUAGUAUCCACCGAUCACAAUUCGUUCAGCAGACACGACGUGAUUGGCAUGUGGCAAGCUUUGCUUGAGGAAGGAGUUAUAUCGCACGCUACCGGGGAACACCCGUUCAAGGACAAGUGUCUAUUUUACAACUUUUGGCAAGAUAGAGAAGGUGCACUAAACACGCCCACCAUACAAGAUGUGGCAGAGGCUGAAGAACAUCUAGACGAAGCGUUACAGGAACUUGUCCACAGGGGACCGGAUGCACUCUUACGUCUAAUCCUACGAUCACCAAGCUCAGAGAGGACGCCCGAGGACUUAGAGCUGAUAUUUGAGGAACUAUGCGAACAAAAAGCUUUGGCUCACCUACCAAACUCGGUGAAACGGGAACUGGCAUCUGUUGUGGUGUUUGAAGCUCAUCCAAGAUCCGGUCAUAUACUGUUCCGACAAGGAGACGAAGGCAAAGCGUGGUACGUGAUUAUGCAGGGUGCGGUCAACGUGGAAACAUACUCCAAAGGCGUUAUAGAAUCGCUCUACGAAGGCGAAGACUUUGGUGGUUUGGCAUUAAUACACAACGUUCCAAGAUCAGCGACCAUAUCCAUCAAGGAAGACAAUACUCAUCUUCUGCGUGUAGAUAAAGACAGUUAUAAUAAAAUCGUAAGGGACAUCGAAGCGAAUACUGUCAGACUGAAAGAACUCGGUAGUGACGUUUUGGUACUAGAAAAAUCUCCACGAUUACACAAAUACAUGAUUAUUGCUGGAACUCCGCAAAAAAUUCUAGAACAUCUUCUAGAGCACAGACUAAGUAGCACAAAUGUUGCAAGCUCCAGGAACGACCCGUGUCUAGAUGAUUUUUUAUUAACACACAUAGUGUUUAUGCCCACCAGGACAUUAGUGUCAGAACUCAAUAAAUAUUAUCAUAUGGAAAAUCCAGCGCAAGACAGAGAGUACACAAUCAAUUGUAAAAGAAAAGUUGUACAAUUCGUUUACAGAUGGGUGGUUACGAUAAGGCAUCCGGUGUUUGACGAUGUCAUCUCGAUGUCAUUUCUCGAGGAACUGGCUAGUGACGUGGAAGCUGAUUGUCAACUAUUGGGUGGCAAAAGUCAAGCUCUGCAAGAGGAAGCCAGCCUAAUGCAUCAUAUUAUGUCUCGAUUGAGAAGGUAUCAAGACGAACGAUUAGAGACUUCAGGUUUAAAAUGGAAGUUACCGCCUGGUGGUCAACCUAUUUGCCUGUUUUCAGCAAUAAGCAAUCCGUCAAAAAAUAAUAGACCGAUCAUCCGACCAAACGAUGAUAUUAUAUUCCGAGUGUAUUGUGCCGAUCAUACAUUUUGCACUUUGCGACUGCCUGUCAAUGCCACUGCAGAAACUAUCAAAGUGGGAGCCUACGAAAAAUGCAGUCUUCGACAUCCCGUACAGGAUCUGAGAAUAGUAGAAGUAAAAUCAAACGGGGAAAGGGUGCCGUUCAGGGAUAGCGAACACUCGAUACCAACCACUGUGGCACUGAACAGUUGCAUAUUUCUAACGCCAAAAGAUCACAUGGAUGCUUUGACAUGUGUGCCAGAACAAGAAAAAUCUGAAGGGGCAGAUAUAUCGAGUGAUUUUGAUUCACUGAGCACCAAGGAACUGGCGUAUCAUAUGACACUUUUCGAUUGGGAAUUGUUUUGGAACGUCCAUGAGUACGAAUUGAUAUACUUAACGUUUGGCAGACAUCGGUUCCAACAAAUCACAGCAAAUUUAGAUAUAUUUCUCAGGCGAUUCAACGAAAUUCAAUAUUGGGUCAUCACCGAAAUAUGUACGUCACAAAAUAUAUCAAAAAGAACGAAUAUACUGAAGAAAAUGAUAAAAUUGGCUACGUACUGCAAAGAGUAUUAUAAUUUCAACGCAUUUUUCGCUAUCCUCAUGGGAUUAAGUGACGUGGCCGUAAGUCGGUUAUCAACUACUUGGGACAAGUUACCGUCCAAGUCACGAAAACAAUUCACUGAAUAUGAGACACUCAUUGACCCUAGCCGGAACCACAGAGCGUACAGAAUCACUGUGGGCAAAUUGCCCUCUCCUAUGAUACCAUUCAUGCCUCUACUCAUCAAAGACAUGAAAUUCACCCACGACGGCAACAAAACGCAUGUGGACGGUUUGGUCAACUUUGAAAAAAUGCACAUGCUGGCGCAAACCAUGAGGACACUCCGAUAUUGCCGAGCCAGGCAUUUGGUGUUGGAACCGCCGGUGUCGAAAAACGAAGCCGACGUCAAGUCGUACGUGAGUUGUUUAAGGUGUAUAAACAACGAGCGGACGUUGAUGAGCAUGUCCCAGAAACUGGAACCCAGAAGAACUUAAACGCUCAUCUACGACAGUAUCAUAAUAUAUAAUACAUACCCGAUACGAUUCAACGAUUCGCUAAAAGUUGUAUCAUAAUAUUAUAAUAUUGUACAGCGGACUCUUCGCCGAGUAACGAGUAAAUACUAUAUACAUAAGUACACGCGUGCGUAUAAACGAUGAUUAUUGAGUAUUUUAUUCGUAUAUACGCGCUGUUGUACAUACCCUUAUGGCCGUAUAUAGUAUAUAUUGUUUUUUUAAUCGAAAUCUUAUAAAUUUCGUUCU